UCCUAAUUGUGCACCCAACAAACUAGCUUUGUGAUAUCCAAAAUGAAAUCCAUUUACCAACUGCUUUUUGCCAACCUCAAAACCUUCUUUGUAACCUAUGUAUUGGGCAUUUUCUUCGGCAAAUAAUAAAUCUUCGAACUUUUUAUUAAUAUCAAUAUCUUCUUUAUCAGACAUAAUUAUUCAAUAUAACAAUCUUAUUCGAUUUAUAACCUAUAAUAUAAUUAGUACUGUAGAAAGAAAUAGUAAGGAAGUUAGAUUACCAAAUAAUUUCGAGUCAUCGUAUUUAAAAUCAUGUUUGCCAAUUGAGAAACCACUAUCUGCUUCAUUCGUGGUUAGCAGUAAAUAUUAUCAGUUAAGAAUAAUAUGGCUCGAAGCAACUUCAGAGGUGUGUCAUGUUUGCAAGAAACGCGGUGUUCUUUCUUGUAUCAUAUCCAAUAAUUUUUAAAGCUAAUUUUGUAAAGGAUGCUCGCGUUAGGACCUAAAAAGGACGGUGGACCCAAUACAAAAUUUUUUGAGUCCCAGGAAAUUCUUACACAACUUGAUGCAGUUAAACAGUGGCUUUUGAAAAACUGCAAAAAGUAUGUCCAAACGGAUCCUCCAACUAAUAAAAGUUUAGCUACAUUAAUCGUGCAAUUAUUGCAAUUUCAAGAAGAUAAUUUAGGAAAAAAUGUUUCAAAACCACCAAUGACCAGACUUCCUAUGAAAUGUUUCUUAGAUUUUAAACCAGGUGGUGGUUUAUGUCAUAUUCUUGCUACUGCAUAUCGUUUUAAACAAGAACAAGGAUGGCGUCGAUUUGAUUUCCCUGUUGGAAAAUCAGGAUCUCGUAUGGAUAGAACAGUAGAAAUGUUAAUGGCUGCUGAAAGAGCUUUGGUACAGAAUCGAUGUAUGAUUAUACCAAGUGUAUAUGUGAGACCUGAUGUAGAUAAAUCAACAGCUGCAAAAGUGAAAGAAGCAGUUCGUCGACAUCAAGGUAGUAUUUCUGAAAAUGAGACAGAUGCUACACACAUAAUUUAUCCUCCAGUUGAUCCUAUGGAAGAAGAAUAUGCACGACCUUGUAUGAGACGAGAAAGAUCUGUUCUUCUUCAUUGGUACUAUUUUCCCGAUAGUUACGAUUCUUGGACUACAUUAGAUCUUCCUUGGGACUUUCCAGAAGGUACACUUACAAAUACAAACAUGAAAUCAGUAUACAAAGUAGCCGCAACAUGGGCAUUAGAUUUAGAUCAAUAUAACGAAUGGAUGAACGAAGAAGACUAUGAAAUAGAUGAAAAUGGUCAAAAGAAAAUACAUAAAUACCGACUUUCGGUAGAAGAUUUAAUGGCUCAACCGUCUCAUCCUCCCCCUUCAGCGAAAAAACCAAAAAGAAAACGAUCUCCUAGUCCAUCGCCGAAACCAGGAAAACGUAAAAGCGCAAGAGCACCAUCAGGUGUUCAAACUUCAUCUUCAUCAUCACUUGCGACUCCGAAGAAAUCUCGCGGUGGUGGAGAAGAAGAAGACGAUCUCACUCAAGGAAUGGAAGAUCCACCAGCAGAACCUCGAAUUGUAGAAGUAGUUGCUACUCCUACAAAUCCGCCGGUGACUGGGCAAGGUAAUAUUCCAACAAGUGGCAAUACUUUAACGACAACAGGUAGUAAGAAACAAGAUAAUGAACUUCAACCACUUAAAUCUGGUAAUAUGGCGGAUUUGGAUGAACCUAUGGAAGGAGAUAAAGGAAGUUCGCAAAGUACUCAAGAUAGAGAAGAACGAGAUGCAAGUAAAGAAAGAGGAGAAGGGAAUAAAGGAGAUGAACCAGAAGAUAAUGUCACUGAACAAACACAUCAUAUUGUUGUUCCUAGUUAUUCUGCUUGGUUUGAUUAUAAUUCGAUUCAUACUAUUGAAAAAAGAGCUUUAUCUGAAUUUUUUAAUGGUAAAAAUAAAUCUAAAACGCCAGAAAUUUAUCUUGCAUACAGAAAUUUUAUGAUCGAUACCUAUAGAUUAAAUCCUACAGAAUAUAUUACAUCGACUGCUUGUAGGCGUAAUUUAGCAGGAGAUGUAUGCGCAAUCAUGCGUGUACAUGCAUUUUUGGAACAGUGGGGACUUAUUAAUUACCAAGUGGAUGCAGAAUCAAGACCAACACCCAUGGGUCCACCUCCAACAUCACAUUUCCAUGUAUUAUCAGAUACUCCAUCAGGUUUAGCUCCAGUUAAUCCGAAUCCUCCGAAAACACCACAACCUUCAGCCGCAAAAACAUUACUUGAUUUAGAAAAGAAAUCAUCCGGUUUGGGAACAGAAGAGAAAACUUCAGCUGGAGUGAUGGCAAAUUUUGGGCUAAAAAUUGAUCAGUAUUCGAGAAAACCGGCAGUUUUGAAGAACAAACAAGCUGCCGGUGCUACUCGUGAUUGGACAGAACAAGAAACACUUUUGCUAUUAGAAGGAUUAGAAUUACACAAAGAUGAUUGGAAUAAAGUCUGUGAACAUGUUGGUUCGAGAACACAGGAUGAAUGUAUUUUGCAUUUUCUACGACUUCCUAUAGAAGAUCCUUAUUUAGAAGAAAGUGGACCAGAGGGUUUGGGUCCAUUAGCUUAUCAACCAGUACCAUUUUCUAAAGCUGGCAAUCCAGUUAUGAGUACUGUGGCAUUUUUGGCUUCAGUUGUUGAUCCUAGAGUUGCUGCAAGUGCAGCCAAAGCUGCUAUGGAAGAAUUUGCAGCUAUUAAAGAUCAAGUACCAGCUGCUUUAUUAGAUCAACAUUUAAGAAAUGUUCAAGCUAGUGCUAAUUCUGAUGGUAAGUUUGAUCCAGCUGCAGGAUUAGCACAAUCAGGUAUAGCUGGGACUGGACCACCCGAACCUCCUGAUGAUACAACACCACCUUCAACUACAGGCGCUACAGUUACAUCUCCACAUUCGGCAACAACAGCUUCUAUGGAAAUGAAAAAGGAAGAACAAGAAAAGCCUAAAGAAUCUGAAAUAGAUCAAAGUCAAUUGGACAUAACAAAAAAGGAAGACGAAUUGAAAGAAACCGAAGAAGAUGCAAAAUCAACUAUGGAUGCUGAAACUAUGGAAGCAAAAGAAAAGAGAGAUAAGGUGGUGCGAGAUGCUCAGCUUCAAUCUGCAGCUGCAGCAGCAUUAGCAGCAGCUGCCGUUAAAGCAAAACAUUUAGCAGCUGUAGAAGAACGUAAAAUUAAAGCUUUGGUGGCGCUGCUUGUUGAAACACAAAUGAAGAAAUUAGAAAUUAAAUUACGUCAUUUUGAAGAAUUGGAAACGACGAUGGAACGAGAACGUGAAGGCCUUGAAUAUCAACGACAACAACUUAUUACUGAAAGACAACAAUUUCAUUUGGAACAAUUAAAAGCAGCCGAAUUUAGAGCUAGACAACAAGCACAUCAGCGUUUAGCUCAAGAACAACAACAACAACAACAAAAUCAACAUCCUGCAUGGCAACCUACUGCGCAACAACAACAACAACAACAACAACAACAACAACCACCGAGUCCUCAAGCAUCAGCCCAACAACCACCAUCACAUACACCUCCACAACAAGCAUAAAUUAUGGAUCUUUUGGUGGCUGUUUUGGAUUAAGUGUAUGUAAUGAAGACAUUAGAUGGAAAUGAUAAUGUUGAAGAAGUUGUGUCAUGUGCGCUCGUCUAAUUUCUCCACUUGCACAACAGUACAACAAAUUCGCAAGAUCAAGGGCAAGUGAACCAACUCGAGUUAGUUGAAAAUCAAUUAAAUAGACAACCUGUAAAGUCAUAAUGUUAAUCGUAAUUUAAGAUUUGAUUCAAUUACAUUGUAAUAUUUCCAAUUUCUAUUCCCUAAGUUAACAUAAUUGAAAUUUAAUAUAUCUUAAUAUUCAUAUUCGUAUUACUUUUACUUCGCAAAUGAAGUAAAAAAUGAUAAGAUAUAUAUUUUUACACUAUA